UUGGGGGGGAAGCGAUUUGGGUCUCUCUCUCUCUCUGUGUGUGGAAGGUUUGAUAUGCGUAAUUGAAAAGGUGGAGGGUAGAGGAGGAGGAGGAGAUGAGCGCGUCGCGGUUCAUAAAGUGCGUGACGGUGGGGGACGGCGCCGUGGGAAAGACCUGCAUGCUCAUUUCCUACACCAGCAACACUUUCCCCACGGAUUAUGUGCCGACAGUGUUUGACAAUUUCAGUGCAAAUGUGGUAGUUGAUGGUUGCACAGUCAAUUUGGGUUUGUGGGAUACUGCUGGGCAGGAGGAUUAUAAUAGAUUAAGACCAUUAAGCUAUCGUGGAGCUGAUGUUUUUCUCCUGGCCUUCUCUCUUAUUAGUAAAGCCAGCUAUGAAAAUGUUUCUAAGAAGUGGAUUCCGGAACUAACGCAUUAUGCACCUGGUGUUCCAAUGAUUCUUGUCGGGACAAAGCUUGAUCUUCGGGAUGACAAGCAGUUCUUUGUAGAUCACCCUGGUGCCGUUCCCAUCACAACUGCUCAGGGAGAAGAGCUGAGGAAGUUAAUCGGAGCCCCUGCGUACAUCGAAUGCAGUUCAAAGACCCAACAAAACAUCAAAGGCGUUUUCGAUGCUGCUAUUAAGGUCGUGCUGCAACCGCCGAAGCAAAAGAAGAAGAAAGGGAUGGCGCAGAAGGGCUGCUUUAUUUUGUGAUCCGUGAGGAGGACGACCGCGAGCGACUUGUAAUCUUUUUCUCUUCUUUUAGUUUGAAAUUUAAUUUCACGCUUCAAAUCAACUUGACUUUGUUUAUUCUAUCGACGGCAUUGAAAAAGCUAAGGAGGCAUAAAAUGUUUGAUCUGUUGUUCUAUAUUCUGUCUAGUGUUUAUUAUGUAUGAUGUUACCUUUGCUUUCUUUUUUCUUUUUUUUCUCUUUUGUUUUUUUGAGGAAUGGGGUAUUAAAAUCUUGGAA